AUCCGGGCAGCCUCCGUGCGUUACGCCAUGUGCCCGACUAAAUCUUUCUUUAUAUAAUUCUCUAUUCAACAGAUACCACACAACAGGCGUAAACAGAGUUUCUAGAGAGAGAAAGAGUUUCUAGAGAGAGAAAGUAACAGCUCUGUUUUUCAUGGUGAGUUAACCGAUAACAACUGUAAAGAAUUUCAUCGGUUUUUGGUGACGUGUGAGCUGUGAUCCGCUGUACCUUCGGUGAAAUCGUUCACGGUGCAACUAGAGGUUAAAUCAACGGUUGUUAUUUAUUCAAGAAGAAGAAGAAAAAAGGUGAAAUGAUGGAGAUGGAGAUGAGACCUUGUUUAGAUGAGUUUGAAAAGCUUCUUGUUCGAAUGAACACUCCAAGGGUGAUGAUAGAUAAUGCUGGUUGUGUAAACGCAACUCUUGUCAUGAUUGAUAGUGCCAGGAAAGAUGGGAUACUUUUAGAGGCGGUUCAAGUUCUUACUGAUCUUAAUCUUUUAAUUAAAAAAGGUUAUGUCUCCUCUGAUGGAUGUUGGAACAUGGAUGUGUUUCAUGUGACGAAUUUGGAUGGAAAAAAACUAACUGAUGACAGCAUCAUUAACUGCAUUCAACAAUCACUAGGAACCAUUCACCACACAAGAUCCAAAUCUAUAGACGGAAUGACCGCAAUCGAGCUAACGGGUACCGACAGAGUCGGUCUCUUAUCCGAGGUUUUCGCAGUCCUCUCUGAUCUCAAGUGUGAUGUGGUGGAAUCCAAAGUAUGGACUCACAACGGGCGUAUCGCUUCUCUUAUUUACUUAAAAGAUUGCGAGUCAGGAUGUCCGAUUAACGAUUCUCAGAAACUUGAGAGCAUAGAGGCUCGAUUAAGAAACGUGCUCAAAGGGGAUAACGAUAUCCGAAGUGCAAAAACCUCGGUUUCUAUGGCGGUUACUCACACAGAGAGACGACUUCACCAGAUGAUGUUUGCAGAUCGUGAUUACGAGAGAACUUCGGUUAAAACUAGCGGUGAAUGCUCUCUGGCUGUAUCGGUUCAGAACUGUUUAGAGAAAGGGUACUCUGUUGUUAACAUCCAGUGCAAAGAUCGUCCCAAGCUUUUAUUCGAUGUUGUUUUCACUCUAUCCGAUAUGCAAUACACAGUGUUCCACGCCACGAUCGACACUACAGAGAACGGCGCGUAUUUGGAAUUUUUUAUUAGACAUACGGAUGGGACCGCAAUAAGUUCAGAAGACGAAAAGCAACGUGUGACUCUAUGCUUAAAAUCCGCCAUCGAGAGAAGAGCAUCUGGGGGUGUUCGGCUGGAGCUACGCAAGGACGAUAAACCAGGACUACUAGCCGAAGUGACACGAGCAUUCAGGGAGAACGCGCUAAACGUUACAAGAGCCGAAAUAUCUACGACAAUGGGUAAGGCGGAGAACAUAUUCUACGUGACGGAUGCACAUGGAAACCACGUUGAUUCAAAAACCAUAGAAUCGGUUCGACAAAGAAUCGGGUUAGAUUACUUGAGAGUAAAGGAAUUACCAUUAGCAUUUAGGAAUAAUGAAAAGGGGGAGAAUGUGGAGGGUGGGGCAGUGUUGUUAUCAAUUGGAAGCUUACUAAGAAGGAACCUUUCUAACUUAGGGGGGUUGAUUAAGUCAUAUUCUUGAGAUGAGAAGAAUAUGAUUUAUUGUGUACAGUAUAUAUUGGUGGGUUGGGUGAUGGUUGGUAUUAAGUAGGUAGAAUACAGGAACAACAGCAAUUAUUUUGGAAUGGUUUCUUGCUGGCAGUGGCAAUUAUUUAGGUAGAUGAUGAUGAUGGACAUGUUUGUUCCCCACAUAGAUACGGUUGGGUGUACAUAACUUGUUUUAUAAGUAUCUUGUUCAUGCAAUUUUAGUAUUUGGUCUCA